AUGCCCCGCCACGCCCACCACGACCCGGCCCCGCCCGCCUGCUGCUCCUGCUGCUGCGGAUGCGCGGGCGCGGCGCCGUGCUACUACCCGGCGCCCGCGCCGGCCCCGCCCAGCUCCGCCUCGUCCGACCAACUCCUCCACGCCAUCGCCGCCCACCUCCUCCUCAGCUCCCCGGCGCCCGCUCAGCCGCAGCUGCAACUCCAGCCCCAGCCGCCGCCGCCCCCCGCGCAACACGCCACGAAUCCUUAUCCCUAUCCGUAUCCCCACCCCCAGCAGUACCAGUACCAGUAUCAGCAGCAGGAGGCCAAGCCCCAUGCCUACACCCAUCCACCGCCGCCGCCGCAGCAGCUGAAGCCCAAUCCAUCCGGCGACCACGGCCACCUCCUGCUCCACUCGCUCCUGCGUCGGGUGGCCGCGAUCGAGUCCGCCCUGCCCCGCUGCUUCCCUACCCCUCCUCCGGCUCGCCGACCGCCCCACCCGAACUCUCGCCCGCGCCGCGCGGCCCGCUACCAGGAGGAGGAGGAGCAAGAGGUGGAGGAGGAAGACGAAUCGGAACCGGAAUCGCCGCCCUCCGCGUCCAGUGACCGCGCGGCGCGGACGAUCCAGGCCCACUUCCGCCGCUUCCUGGCGCGGCGCUCCCGGACGCUGCGCCAGCUCAAGGAGCUCGCCGUGCUCCGGUCCAAGGCCGCGGCGAUCCGGGGGUCGCUCUCCGGCCGCCGCGGGGGCGCCGACCCCGCCGCCGUCUCCGAGGCGGCCAUGGGCCUCCUUCUCCAGCUCGACGCUAUCCAGGGAGAGGACCCGAUGAUCCGGGAGGGCAAGCGAGCGGUGAGUCGGGAGCUCACCCGGAUCUUGGAGUUCGUUGACAAGGUGCUGAUCAAAGAGCAGGAGCACCAUGACGGCUGCAAUGCUGCAUUGGUGGCAGGUCGCCCGUCUGUGAGCAAGAAGGUGAGUUUCUCUGGUAAUGGUCAGGUUCACACGCUCAAUGGAAAGGCAGAGAAUGGGAGUGAGGUUGAUGAGGGCUCUGAAGGCUCCAGCUCUGCUGAGUCUGAUGAGGUGAAGCCUAGCAAGAGAAGUGCCUAUGGUAAGCCUGGGCUUGCAGCACCAAUGCCGGUGCACAUGGAGUCGAGGCUGGUUGCUGGUGAAAGGAGAUAA